UACGCGAUUUAUUUAAUUAUUUUGAAACUUUUUGGAUGACAGACAUACCACUUCAUCUUUGGAAUGUGUCUGAUCUUCAAAUUCGAACAAAUAAUAAUUGUGAAGGUAUUUAUACACACUUGCUUAAGCACUACUAACACAACUCUUUCAACAAAACUGCUGAAAAAAUCCUAAUCUUCGGCUAACUUUUCUUACGUUCAUCAAAACAUUCUCUCUCGGUUUCUAGGUUGGCACAAUAGAUUCAACAUUCGUGUGAAUAAACAUCAUCCAAAUAUAUGGCAUUUUAUCAAUUGUUUAAAACAAGAAGAAGUCUAUUUUCGUCAUCAAGUAAUGCAAAUGCGAGCUGGUGCAACUGGAAGACCAAAAACAAAAAAGACAAAUUGUGUACAACGUCGUAUUGAUACUCUUCGUGAUCGUUAUGAAAAUGAUGAAAUAAAUUUAGAAGAAUAUUUAGAAGGUUUAUCAUUUGUUGCUGCUAAAGAUAAAACAAAAAAAAUAAAUAAAAAAUGA